GGCGGAGGAGGGACCCGGGGAAGAGGUGAGAGGUCUCCCCAGCCCCGCUGGGAAUCCGAUCCCCUGGCCGGAAGGUGCACGGGCGUCCGUUCUCUCCAUCCUUGUCUUGGGAAACCCUCGCUCCUGAAGGAAGGCCUCGCCGCUCCUCCGCCUUCGGGGAUAAAGUCUUAUCGUCGAGGGAGAAGGGGCAGAUGACUUCAGAGCCCGGAAGGAGGGGGGAGGCGCCCCAGAGCUGAGGGCCAGCACCCCUCAGCAUGCAGGUGUCCUUCGUGUGCUCCGAGCAUGGCCUCAAGGGCCGGGGCCCCGAGGAGCGGCUGGGCCGGCCGGCCGCCAGCAGCCCCAGCCUGGGGACCCGCGGCCGCUUCCGCGCUGUGGCCAUGGUGGCCCGGAGCCUGGGACAGCUGUCGGUGCAGAGCCACCCGAGCGUCAGUGACUCCGCUGGCGGGAAGCAGCCGGGGAUGAAGUGCAGGAACCUGGGCAAGUCGGGCCUGCGGGUCUCCUGCCUGGGGCUGGGAACAUGGGUGACCUUCGGAGGCCAGAUCACCGACGAGAUGGCGGAGCAGCUCAUGACCUUGGCCUACGACAACGGCAUCAACCUCUUUGACACGGCGGAGGUCUACGCGGCGGGCAAGGCGGAGGUGGUUCUCGGGAACAUCAUUAAGAAGAAGGGAUGGAGACGGUCCAGCCUGGUCGUCACCACCAAGAUCUUCUGGGGAGGAAAAGCGGAGACCGAGAGGGGCCUCUCCCGGAAGCACAUCAUAGAAGGUCUGAAGGCCUCCCUGGAGCGGCUGCAGCUCGAGUACGUGGACGUGGUGUUUGCCAACCGCCCGGACCCCAACACGCCCAUGGAAGGGGACCCAUUUAGUUCCUCCAAGUCCAGGACAUUCAUCAUAGAAGAGACCGUGCGCGCCAUGACCCACGUCAUCAACCAGGGGAUGGCCAUGUACUGGGGCACGUCGCGCUGGAGCUCCAUGGAGAUCAUGGAAGCCUACUCGGUGGCCCGGCAGUUCAACCUGAUCCCGCCCAUCUGCGAGCAGGCGGAGUACCACAUGUUCCAGCGCGAGAAGGUGGAGGUGCAGCUGCCCGAGCUCUUCCACAAGAUCGGAGUGGGUGCCAUGACCUGGUCCCCUCUGGCCUGCGGCAUCGUUUCUGGAAAGUAUGACAGCGGCAUCCCGCCCUACUCCAGAGCCUCCUUGAAGGGCUACCAGUGGCUGAAGGACAAGAUCCUGAGUGAGGAGGGCCGGCGCCAGCAGGCCAAGCUGAAGGAGCUCCAGGCCAUCGCGGAGCGCCUGGGCUGCACCCUCCCGCAGCUGGCUAUCGCCUGGUGCCUGAGGAAUGAGGGUGUCAGCUCUGUGCUCCUGGGCGCGUCCAGUGCAGACCAGCUGAUGGAGAACAUUGGAGCAAUACAGGUCCUCCCCAAGCUGUCGUCCUCCAUCGUCCACGAGAUCGACAGCAUCUUGGGCAACAAGCCCUACAGCAAGAAGGACUACCGGUCCUAGGGCCCGCCGGCCGGACUCUCCCUCCCCGCCCAGUCUGUUCGCUGCCCCUCGCUUCCGCUUUUCUGAAGCCAAGUCACGAAUGUGGUUCGCAUCACAAAGAAAGCCCUCCAAGGUGUCCCAGGGAACAAAGAAGCCGCUGCGACACACCACCCACUGCUCCGGGGACCCUCGUCCUGCCGGGACGGCCGGUCAGGUGCCCCCCACAGGCUGGGCCUCCCCGGAGCCUCCGCAAGCCCAGGCCAGGCUGGACCGGGGCCGAGAACCUCUGGUGUUGGCGGCGGGGAGGACCCCUGGCCUGGUCCUCCUGGGGCCCCUCCGCAGGGCCCUGGGCGCUGGCCUGGGCCUCCCCAGGGGCUCUCCCUCUGACCAAGGGCCCGACCUCAGCUGCUUCCCCACCCCUGCGCCAGGGCGUCUCUGAGGCGCCUUCUGUGCUGUCCCUUGACCCCACCUCCUCCCUGGCUGGUAGGGGUCGGGACUCAGGGGGGUUGGCUCUGCAGUUUGGGGCCCACAAGAAGUUUGGGGUCUGAUUUCAAGUUCAUUGCCCUUGGCAGGGGCCCCACCUGCACUCCCUGCCAGGUACCCAGGUCGCUGCCCUCUGUCCUUGCCCCGGAAGGCAGGCCCCGGGGCCGUGUGUGCCAAGCUGGACUGUGGCUGCUGAACCACGUGUGGGAGAGGACGCCCUGCUCUGCUGGGGGUCGGCCUCGGCGUCUGCAGAGAGGACAGGCUUGAGCCCUUCCCGGGGGCCCCGGGCCUUCUGUCUGCGCCCAGGGCGGGGGUCUUGUACCCCGAGCAGCAGCCCCCACCGUGGUGGAACGACCCCCGGAGGCUCUCCCUGAAGAGGUGCCCCGCGAGGCCUCGGAUCAGGCGGGGUUGAGGUGCUCCGUCCUGGGGAGCUAAGUGUCUGUGCUCAGAGCUUGCGACCUGGGCAGCAGUGUCACCCCUGCGCCCCCACA